AUGGCUUCAUCCUCCUCAUCAGAUAAUGAUGGGACAGAGAACACAGAGCAUGAAGAGAAAACUAAGCGAACAAAAAGAGCACGUACAUCUAAAAGGGAUGUCCCAGAGUACAAGUGGACCGAAGACGCUGUUCAAUUAAUAGCCGAUUUUGUGAAGGAAAAUUCAGCACUAUAUGAUAAGACCCAGAAAGAUUACAUGAAUGUUGCUACGAAGGGAAGGAUGUGGGUGAAUGGCGGUAAAUUAUUGGAUCCACCUGCCACUGGGGACCAGUGUAAGAAGUUGUACGAAAAUAAGCGAACUCGGUUAGGAAAGAUAUUGAACAAGGAGAAAAAAAGUGGAUCUGGGCAAACCAACAGAACGACACGUGAUGAUGAGAUAGUGAACACGUGGGGAUUUCUGAAGCAACACAUUGUUCGUGGCAAGACAACGGCAAGUGACACGUUUGAUAGAGAAGGGGAAGUGCACGAACGAGAAGAUGAUGAAGUUUCUGUCAUGUCAGUUUCAGAAGAUAUGGAUAAUGAGACCUUGAUCCCGUUGAAGGAUCGGGUCCCAAAGUCGGCACGCUCCGAAGCCUCUGGAACUUCUGGCAGUAGAACUCCAGCUUCUCGAUCAAGUACUGUUUUGCAGAAUAACCUCGACGAUGCUCUCCGUCAGGUUCUUUCAAGAGCGGAUAAUUUGGGCCAGACAGCUGCUUUGACAGGUCAAAAAAAGAUCGUCCAUGAUUUUGCCUGUCUUCUGGAGGGCCAUAUGCAGAAAAUUCCAGAGCAAUCGUGGCACAGUUUCCAAAUUGAAUGUCUGCAACUCGUUCACAAUUUCAAACAGCCAACCAGGCCAACUCAACCAUGUCAACAGCAACCCUCGUCAUGGCAGUCAAACCAGUGGCCAAUCAAUAGUCAUUGGUCCAAUUUCAAUCAAUGGUCUCCAGCAAGUCCAUCCUUCAACAAUGUUGGGAUGCCAGCCGCGCCUUCAGCUGUGCCUGUACCGAUACCAACGUCUUCUCAGCAGUCCACUGCUUCGACCCCACCCUCCCGACGUAGUAAUGAGAUGGUUUCCUCGGUUCUGGAAGAGCUUGGAGAAGAAAAAUAAUGUGUUCAACAGCAGCCGGUGAUUAAGAAAAGGCAAUACUGGUUGCAAAACUAACGUCUUCCAUAUCGGGACACUCUUUCAGUACUUACCUUAAUUCUUACAUGGUAAAAAAAAAUAAAAGUAAAAAAGAAAUUGUUAUUUGUUGUUGCCUUUGCAAGGAAUUUUAUUAAAAACCCACUCGGCAAGAAAACCAUUUAUUUAUACAUUUGGAACAGAGGUAUAAUAUUUUCUGAAACGUAAACCAGAACUACACACUGAAGAGCAAGGGUAAAAUGUGACAGUUUGAUCAAAGUCGGAAAAUAUAUUCCAGAUUUUUGAAUGUUCUGAGUUCCAGGGAGAGCUUCGAUGGAUAUUCUUGAUUUAGACAUUUUGACAUACUCAUGCAUGAUGCUUUUAUCAAGAAACAAAAUGAAAGGUUUACUGAGUGGAAGAUUUUUUGGUUCCUACGUUUUUACAUUUGUUCUAGUAGUUGAUUAGUUCAUGUUACUCACUUGUUACAACUUUAAAGUGUUCAAAAUAUCAUUGAGAAAUCUUGGUAAUUAUAACAUGUCUAUAAGGUAGUUCAAAUUGGAGAUUCAGUUGUCAGUCACCAUGAAACUUAACGUUAUCCUGCAGACUUAUUUUCUUUUCUUCAUCACACGUUAUUUAAAUUGCAUUUAUGUGAGCAUAUCCAGAAUGCCUAA